CCCGGAACCCGUGCAUUGGGACGGUCUGUUUAAACGGCGGCUCUUGCAUAUCGCCUUUUGAUAUAGCAAUAUGUCAGUGCCCAAGCAGAUUUGGCGGUAAAAAGUGUGAAAAUCAAGUUCCGGUUAAGAUUGGGAGAUGUCCAGACCCGGUGAAAUUUAUCCUGGAUCCAUGUGAUAGAUUCGUUUGUUUAAACGGUGGAAGUUGCAAUGCACCAGCUGAUGCCCCGUUUUGUGAAUGCCCAGCAUUAUUUACAGGAGCCAGUUGUGAGAACUAUAUCCCAGACGGCACUUGCCCAAUUUAG